AUGUCAUCUACGUUCCUCUCUCGCAGUGCCUUUUCGGCCAUCCGCCCAGCGAGCAACCAACCAGUCACCUCUCUUCCCAGCGUUAGAAGACUCAACUGUGUUACCAUGGGUUUUGACGAUGUCAAGAGAUGGAAAGAGUGGAAAGCGAAGGAACUUUUGGUGCCCAAUUCCCAGGACAAUGUCUUCCACUUGAAGAUCUACUCUCCCAUCAACAAAAGCCAGGUGUGGAACAUCGACUAUUCUGGUGUGUCUACCAGACCUCCGCCUCCUCCUCAACAGGCAUCUGCUCGCCUUCUCGUAUCACCACUCCCGGCCAAAGUCCCUGUUCGCCGCCUGAGGGUCCCGAAGCAAUUCUUGUCAGAUUAUUAUGAGUCACCGACUGGCGGGGGAUCAUCUACACCACAAAGAUCUUUUUUCUCCACCACGUCCCAGUACAUCACCUUUGAGACGCUCAAAUCAGUCAAGAAAGGAGGCAAGGUCGACUCCCAUUCCGCCAAAGUCAAGAGCUCGUUGCGGAACAGAGUCCAGUCUCGCCCAAACACCGAUGACGCGCAAGUUACAGGUACUCCCGACAACAAGCAAGACAAAGAUGUCGAUGCUGAGCUACCAGUCUUGCGAUAUAUGCCAUUCUUCCUCGGUGCUGGUGGACCACUCUGA